AAAGGGUUAUUUUUGGGGGAUAAAAGGGAAGAAACUGACCCAAAAGAUCAAAGCAAAGAAGUAGAAGCGGCAAAAAUUUUCAGAGGAAAAAAUGGCGACGCUUGUGGAGCCACCAAAUGGGGUGAAGCCAAGGGGGAAGCAUUACUAUUCAAUGUGGCAAACCCUUUUCGAGAUUGACACAAAGUAUGUUCCCAUCAAGCCUAUAGGGAGAGGAGCAUACGGCAUCGUUUGUUCCUCCAUCAACAGGGAAACCAACGAGAAAUUGGCCAUAAAGAAGAUCAACAAUGUGUUCGAGAACCGUGUCGAUGCUUUGAGAACUCUGAGGGAGCUGAAACUUCUCAGACACAUUCGACAUGACAACGUGAUUGCUCUGAAAGAUGUAAUGAUGCCGACCCAUAGAACCAGUUUCAAUGAUGUUUAUUUGGUUUAUGAGCUCAUGGACACCGAUUUGCAUCAGAUUAUCAAGUCUUCUCAGCCUCUUUCCAAUGAUCACUGCAAGUAUUUCAUUUUCCAGCUGCUACGAGGGCUGAAGUACCUGCACUCAGCGAACAUCCUCCAUCGAGACUUGAAGCCCGGGAACCUCCUCAUCAAUGCUAACUGUGACCUGAAGAUAUGUGAUUUCGGGUUGGCACGAACCAGUAUAGGCAAUGAACAAUUCAUGACAGAGUAUGUUGUCACCCGCUGGUACCGGGCACCGGAGCUCCUACUCUGUUGUGAUAAUUACGGGACCUCCAUCGAUGUAUGGUCAGUUGGAUGCAUCUUUGCUGAGAUUCUUGGUCGGAAACCUAUCUUCCCUGGGACAGAAUGCCUCAACCAGCUUAAGUUAAUUAUUAAUGUCCUCGGAAGCCAGCAAGAGGCUGAUCUUGCAUUUAUCGAUAACGCCAAAGCAAGACAGUAUAUCAAGUCACUUCCUUACUCUCAAGGCACCCAUUUUUCUCACCUAUACCCUCAUGCCGAUCCAUUAGCCAUAGAUUUGUUGCAAAGGAUGCUCGUUUUCGAUCCAACUAAGAGAAUAACCGUCACAGAAGCACUCCUACAUCCUUAUAUGUCAGGGUUAUACGAUCCAAGGUCCAAUCCACCUGCACAAGUACCGAUCAAUCUCGACAUAGAUGAGAACAUGGGGGAACAGAUGAUUAGAGAGAUGGUGUGGAUUGAGAUGCUUAACUACCACCCUGAGAUUGCAUCUGCAAAUGCUUAGAUGUUAGUUGUCUUAUGUAUGCUUGGUUCUAUUGUGUUAUAAUAUGCUUUCAGAACCAGUAUGAUUGUUUGACAUAGAACAUUAUUGAGAGUUGUAUGCCCUGGGACUUGACAAUCAGGCCAAAAUUUUUUGUUUACCUUUUGACACUGUUGGAUUUUAGUGUGGGUUCUUUGUGG